GGAGGGUUGAGCUCCGCCAGAUCUCGGCGCAAACCCUAACCAAACCUAUCGCUAGCAUUGGCAGCUCAACAACGCGAACAGGGUUGCCGCGCCUCCUCUCUGCUGCUGCUCCCUCCACCUAAAUCUCUCCGCUGCUGCUGCAACUUGAGGUGAAUGCGAUGUUUUAAAGCGAAGGCUUAUUUGGUAUCUGAAGAAUAAUGGGAGCAUCACCAGUUGCUGGUUUGCAAGUGGUGGCAGCAUGGCCUUGCAUUUCUUCUCCCCAGAGAACGUUCGUGUCAAGAGCAACAGCUUCCAAGUUCAACCUGAAAGUAGCCAGUCAAGGAUUAACAAAAUUGUCAAACAUCUCUCUUCAAGGUCUUCCUGAGAGAUACCCAUCCUCCUCUUCAAAGUAUCACAGAAUUGUUCCCAGGGCAAUGACUGGGGAAAGUGAGGAAGGCACAGCAUAUGGGUUGCCUAUUGAUCUCAGAGGAAAACGGGCAUUUAUUGCUGGAGGGGCUGAUGACAAUGGCUAUGGAUGGGCAAUUGCAAAAGCUCUUGCUGCUGCUGGGGCAGAAAUUCUUGUCGGAACAUGGGUUCCUGACCUAAACAUUUUUGAGACAAGCUUAAGGCGUGGCAAGUUUGACAACUCAUGUCGGUAACCAAGCUGCUUCUAGAGACAUCAAGAAGAGGAUAUCUUGCUGCAAUCUCGGCAUCUAGUUAUUCUUUCAUUUCCUUACUCCAGUACUUCCUUCUGAUAAUGAAUCCAGAUAUGGAGGUGGAAUGAGUUCAGCAUAAGCAGCCUUAGAGAGUGAUAACCGAGUGCUGGUGUCUGAAGCUGGAAGAAAAGGCCAAAUCAGAGUAAAUACAAUAUCUGCAGGGCCACUGGGAAGUAGAGCAGCAAAAGCCAUUGGAUUCAUCGAGAAGAUGAUAGAUUAUUCCUUCUCCAACGCGCCACUGCAGAAAGAAUUGCUUGCAGAUGAAGUCAGCAACACAGCAGCAUUCUUCGUCUCUCCUCUGGCCUCAUCGGUGACCGGUUCAGUCGUGUACGUGGACAACGGGUUGAAUACGAUGGGACUUGCAAUCAACAGCCCUACACUCUCUGCGUAAUAGUAGGGGGCGAGACAAGCAGAAGGCUCUCUCCAUGUUCUUUUUUUUUUUUUAACGACCGCGGCAUCAUCAUCGUCAUUGAAGAGAGAGCGGGAUGAUUGUCUUGUUCAGGUAAAUAGGACUUGGAAUCAUUUAAGAGUCAUCAAAAAGCCCUGAUUGUUGGAUUAGAAUAUUUAGCAUCAUGUAGCUUUUUUUACUUUGGAUGUUCA